CCCAGAACACACUGCGGCAUUUGAACUGUGUGUAUGUGAGGCAGAGAGAGAGGGAGAGAGAGAGAGAGAGAGAGAGAGAGAGAGAGAGAGAGAGGGGGAGAUUUAGGAAUUCGUCUGCAGACUUAGCUAGAGCUGCGCUGUUAUAGAAUAAUGGCCUAGCAGACCUGCUAACUGUGUGUGCUUUGGGUAAGGAGCAGUGGUAAGACGCCUCGCUACAACCCAUACUCCUUAGGAGCAGCAUCAGCAGCCAUCCCCUGCAGCCCCCCCAACCCAGCAGCAGACUCUGGCAACGGGUUGAACUCCACACUGUCUCUAUACCAAUUUAUCGAACCAUCGAACCCUCCUUUCUUCACUGCAGAGCAGGAUGGAGGCUUCAUUUGGCCCUACCUUCGCAGCCGUAGCUGCUGGAGCCAAAGCAGAAGGGUCCAGCACCUACAAGCAGCAUAGAAGGACUCCCUCCCUGACCUACUCUCCCCGGGAUGACGACGAUGGAAUGCCUCCUAUUGGUACCCCCCGGAGGUCCGAUUCAGCCAUCUCAGUCCGAUCUCUCCAUUCCGAGUCCAACAUGUCUCUGCGCUCCACUUUCUCUCUGCAUGAAGAGGAGGAGGACACGGAGCCCCAGGUGUUUGCUGAACAGCCGUCCGUUAAACUGUGCUGUCAGCUGUGCUGUAACGUCUUCAAGGACCCCGUCAUCACCACAUGUGGGCACACCUUCUGCAGACGAUGUGCCUUGACUUCAGACAAGUGCCCAGUGGAUGCGGCCAAGCUAACGGUCGUGGUGAACAACAUCGCGGUAGCCGAGCAGAUCGGAGAGCUGUUCAUUCACUGUAAAUAUGGCUGCAGGGCCACGGCAAGCGCUGCAGGCGGGGCUGCAGUCUCCACCUCCACAGUGGCUGGGAAACCUGGAGCGUACGAGGUGGACCCACUGGGCUGCCCGUUCACCAUCAAAUUGACCACACGCAAAGAACAUGAGGCCAGUUGUGACUACAGGCCAGUCCGCUGUCCCAACAACCCUUCCUGCCCCCCGCUGCUCACCAUGAACCUGGAGGCUCACCUCAAAGAAUGUGAGCACAUCAAGUGUCCGCACUCCAAAUAUGGCUGCACCUUCAUUGGUAACCAGGACACGUAUGAAACACACCUGGAAGUGUGUAAAUUUGAGGGUCUGAAGGAGUUUCUGCAACAAACUGAUGACAGGUUCCAUGAGAUGCAGCUGACUCUGGCCCAGAAGGACCAAGAUAUUGCUUUCCUGCGCUCUAUGCUGGGAAAACUAUCUGAGAAGUUGGAUCAGCUAGAGAAGAACCUGGAGCUCAAAUUUGAUGUGUUGGAUGAGAACCAGAGUAAACUGAGCGAGGACCUGAUGGAAUUUCGUAGAGAUGCGUCCAUGCUUAACGAUGAGUUGUCCCACAUCAACGCCAGGCUCAACAUGGGAAUCCUGGGCUCAUACGACCCCCAGCAGAUCUUCAAGUGUAAGGGGACAUUUGUUGGCCACCAGGGUCCCGUUUGGUGUCUGUGUGUGUACUCCACUGGAGACCUACUCUUCUCUGGAUCCUCAGAUAAGACUAUCAAGGUAUGGGACACGUGUACCACCUACAAGUGUCAGAAAACCCUCGAGGGCCAUGAUGGCAUCGUACUAGCAUUGUGUAUUCAAGGAAACAGGCUGUACAGUGGCUCUGCAGACUGCACCAUCAUCGUGUGGGACAUCCAGACCCUGCAGAAAGUCAAUACAAUCCGUGCACAUGACAACCCUGUAUGUACACUGGUCUCCUCCCACAACAUGUUGUUCAGCGGCUCCCUCAAGGCCAUUAAGGUGUGGGACAUUGUGGGUACGGAGCUGAAGCUGAAGAAGGAGCUGACUGGUCUGAAUCACUGGGUUAGAGCACUGGUGGCCUCCCAGAACCACCUGUACAGCGGCUCAUAUCAGACCAUCAAGAUUUGGGACAUCCGCUCUCUGGAGUGUGUUCACGUCCUGCAGACCAGCGGGGGCAGCGUCUACUCCAUCGCCGUCACCAACCACCACAUCGUCUGUGGCACCUAUGAAAACCUCAUCCAUGUGUGGGACAUUGAGUCUAAAGAGCAGGUGCGGACCCUGACAGGUCAUGUGGGAACAGUUUACGCUCUUGCUGUCAUCUCCACCCCUGACCAGACCAAAGUGUUCAGCGCCUCCUACGACCGCUCACUCAGGGUGUGGAGCAUGGACAACAUGAUCUGUACCCAGACCCUGCUGAGACACCAGGGCAGUGUAACGGCUCUAGCCGUCUCCAGAGGGCGCCUCUUCUCUGGAGCUGUCGACAGCACCGUCAAGGUGUGGACAUGCUAAACGACCCGUUUGCUCUGCAGGAGUCCAGUCAACUCCACAUGUCUUUGUUAGUCAGAAGACAGACGCUAUGAACGGUAACCUUUCCACACCAUUUUCCUCCUCCACACCUGUUUCUUUGAUUGUGAUUUAACGGCUGCAGACCAGUCAUAACCACACCUUCACAAUCGAGCUGCAUCGGAAGCAUUUUAAACUAAUUGUUGCUGUUAAAACUUCAAACAAACCCUCCAACGCCUUGACCAGAUCGCCCGGAUUGAGGGUCAACUCGCGGUCACGCUCCUUAGUGACCCCUUCACCAGUGCGUUACAGGGCAAAAUAAGACAAGCUGCCUUACGGUUGCACCGCACUCCGCCAAAAACUACCAUGGACUGGCUGCUGCAGCCCUGUAAUCAGAGCAGUAAGCAGGGAGUUUUCAAACUGUAGUCCUGCCUGCUUCCUGCCGACACACCGCCAGUUUCAGAACUGUACUGAUGAUGCCUGAUGCAUACUGUUCACACAAGUCUAAGAGCUGGUUUCACAAACAUGGAGUGACAACACACUCCUUCCAAAUGUAUAUGUUAUGUAUCCCACAAUACAUUAGAACAAAGAUAGGACAUUUAAAUUGGGACUCUGUUAUUUUAUGCAAAUGAAGUAGUUUUAUGUUAAAAUGUAUGUAAAGACUUUUAUUGAUCCCGACCCAGGAUUUUCCCUGAAACAUCAAAAAGAAAGUGAAAAAGGGUUAAAAUAGAGCCGUGUUGUGUAUUUUUGCAGUUCUUCAUGAAGAAGUGAGUGAAUCAUGGUUAACACAUAGUAACUAUCCUCCCCUUAAUAUUACCGUAUCCUCUUUUCUUCCCCCUGUUGUAACCUGGUGGUCUUUAUUCAUAACUUAAAGCUGGCGUAGGGAGUUUUCUGGAGAACGCAAAACAAACACUAGAAUUUAAUAAUACAGCCCUCCGCCUGCAGCUGUGCUAAACUAAGCCCCUCCCAGCAGAUGAGCAUGGGCACAUGCUCGCGUUUCAUACAUCAACCUGUACGAGUACUCUGUCAUUCAUUUCAAUCAUCCCGAUCGGGAUUGUGAUCCCGAUGCCGUUAUAUAGCAGCAAUUCUAUGAGAGUGACCGUCCUGUUUUCUCUGUAAAGCCCUUUGAGAUGUCAGACUGUGAUUCGAGGCUCUAGCUAGCUACAGCGACAUGAACUUGAAUUAGCCGCAGCUGUGAGCCUUUGGCUACAGUUAGCGAACAUAGCCCUGGUUUGUCCGGUUGAUCAACAGCAAAGAGAUGCAUGAAGGUGAAUUUUCUGAGAAACAUAAAAGAUCAAAGAAAGGAUACCCUGAUACUUCAGUCAACAUCUUCUGCACUUUCACACUAGCUUGUGUAUUGAUAAAAGCGAUGGCUGAGAAGCAUUAAGAAUGAACUAAAGACAAAGUCCAGUUCCUAGCAGACAAUGUCCAUGUCUCUUAACACUCCAUUUCAGGACGCAGACUUACUAAUGAUUUUCCUCCCUCCUUGACCACUGUGGUUGUCACCCAGAAGUUUGUGAAACCAGCCUUUCAUAAAACACUUUUUAUUAAGUGAAGACUUUAAAGAGAAUGACGGAUCUAUAUAUUUACUGAGUUUUAUAUUAGUGCCAUGAUUCAUAGAUAUUCAGAGAGCCAUUAACGGUUGUACAGUUGUGUAAAAUAAGAUAGUGCCGAGCCCGGACAUGUGCCCAUGAGAAUGACUCACACUGGCCUACAUAACAGAGAGGGACAGGGGGAGAGGACGUGUGUGUGUGUGUGUGUGUGUGUGUGUGUGUGUGUGUGUGUGUGUGUGUGUGUGUGUGUGUGUGUGUGUGUGUGUGUGUGUGUGUGUGUGUGUGUGUGUGUGUGUGUGUGUGUGUGUGUGUGUGUGUGUGUGUGAUCGUAUAUAUUUGAGUGUGUUUCAAUGAGUGCCAUAUGUGUGGAUGAAAAGUAAGGAAAGACUGUAAUGAUGUAUCUUUUUGUCCCCUCUUUUCUGCCUCUCCCUCCCUCCCCCCCUCUCUGAUUUCUAACUUGGACUGGUUAGAAUGAACAUAACCACAGAUUAAUGCUGAUUGUUGUUUUAUGACUGUAACACUCAAUGGACUGACCGUGAAGGCAAGCAGGUGAUCGUGACCUUAAAAAUGCUAAUUUUCAACCAGAAAGCCUUUUCCCCUAUGCAUUUAUGUCUAAUAGACUGAUGUGAACAAAAAUCUUUGAAAUUGUUCCAGUAUUGAGAAAAAAACGCCGUUCACCCGACUCACGCUCCACACUCCACACACCGCUGUCUUCGGACAAGAAGUCACCUCGCGAGAACGAUAAUGUUGAACGACAAUCUGAACUUGUCGGUGGCACCAAUCAUUUUUAGUGGACAAAAAUCUCGCUCAAUACUGGACCGAUUUCAACGGAUUUUGUCUAUGUGAGGAAUGGGGAAAUAGUCCAGGUUGAAAAAAAAAGAAAAAUGAAAUUACCCUUUAAACUCCUAGAGGUAAAUGCAAACUGUAGAAAGUGCCAUUGAGCUAAAGUGAAGUCCUGCUUUCUUAAAUUAUGUUUCGGGACCCAUAUUGGGUUGACAAUGUAUAAAACUGACUAAACGAGCCUGGGAGGGUAGUUUUAAAUUCAUGAGAUUAUGUACAUCUACACCAAAUUUAGACACGUGGGCUAAAUUCGGUUUUUACAGAUGUUUAGAAUUAUGUUGCCUUCAUUUCAGUGCACAUCUGACCACUACUACUGUACUUACUGUAGCCUUGGUGAGAAAGGUAGUGGGGAAAGGAAGGAAGUGUCUUCACUGGUCACAGUUAAAGUGAUUCCUUGUAUACUUGUAAUCAUGUAAGCCUGAGUUGAUCAAUAAAACUGUUGUACACUUUGA